AUGGAGCGCAUCACUGCACGCGCUGACAAUGAUUUCAGCAUCGCGUUGUAUGGCUCGCUUUGGGUCGCCGCUUUGGCCUUUAUCUGGAUCACAUGUCGUGCGGACCCUGAAGCGCCCGUCAAGUACGAUGUCGAGCCACCUGCACAAGCGGAACCGGGGUGGAAGGGUGAGGUGCUCAAGAGACCGUCUAUAAAGGUGUCUGGCUCAUCUCUGAUUCAAUGCUAUGCUCCAGCUACAGGCGAAGCCCUCGGUCGCAUCAGUCCCUCCACGACAGCGGGCAUCGAUCGCGCCAUUGCAAAGGCAGAAAACGCACAGCAGACAUGGGCACAGACGAGCUUUGUACAGCGUCGCCGAGUGCUGAAAACUAUGCUGAAGUUCAUUUUGGAGAACCAGGAGGUCAUUGCUAGAGUUGCAUGCCUCGAUUCAGGCAAAACCAUGGUGGACGCGAGUCUGGGUGAGAUUUUGGUCACGGCGGAGAAACUGAGGUGGACGAUUAAGCAUGGCGAGGAGAGCUUGAGGCCAGAGAAAAGGGAGACAAAUAUGCUUAUGAUGUACAAGUGGAACGAGGUGGUUUGGGAACCGCUCGGUGUUGUGGCAGCGUGCGUGAGCUGGAACUAUCCAUUCCACAACCUCAUAAACCCCGUUAUUUCCUCCAUUUUCGCUGGCAACGCCAUCAUUGUGAAGGGCUCCGAAGCCACCGCCUGGUCGUCUGCAUACUUUGCAUCAAUUGCUACUCGUGCCCUUGAAGCAUGUGGCCACUCUCCCGACAUUGUACAAUCCGUUAUUUGCUGGCCGGAUGUGGCUGACCACCUUACUUCACACCCAUCAAUCUCGCACAUAACGUUUAUCGGUUCACGGCCGGUGGCACAUCAUGUGGCUGCCUCAGCUGCGAAGGCGCUGACACCAGUCUGUGUCGAGCUAGGUGGCAAGGAUCCCGCGGUUGUCCUGGAUGAUCUGUCCAACAGCGACUUUAAACGCGUAGCUAGCAUCUUGAUGCGAGGCACCUUUCAGUCUGCGGGCCAGAACUGUAUCGGCAUUGAACGCGUCAUAGUGCUUCCCAAAAUAUACGAACGCCUCAUCGAAUACCUGACGCCUAAGAUUCGUGCCUUACAGCCUGGCUCCGUGCUCAACACUGACAUGGAGACGCCCAUCGACAUUGGUGCUUCCAUAUCGGCUGCCAAUUUCGACAAGCUAGAAGCCCUGAUUGAAGACGCUGUCGAAAAUGGCGCUCGCCUUCUUGCAGGCGGCUACCGCUACGAUCACCCUUUAUACCCUUCCGGUCACUACUUUACCCCCACCUUCAUCGCCGAUGUGACGCCCUCUAUGGCCAUUGCACAAACAGAACUCUUCGCCCCGAUUUUCCUCCUCAUGCGUGCCGAGUCCGUCGCCGACGCCAUCUCCAUUGCCAACAGCACACCCUACGCCCUCGGUGCCUCCGUAUACGGCAGCUCCACCCGCGACCUCGAACUCGUUGCGCAAAGCGUUCACGCCGGCAUGGUCGCCAUCAAUGACUUUGCCGUCUUCUACAUGGUCCAGCUGCCAUUUGGUGGCACAAAGAGCAGUGGCUAUGGACGUUUUGCGGGGAAAGAGGGACUGAGGAGUGUGUGUAAUCAGAAGAGUAUAACGAGGGAUCGGUGGAGUUGGGCAGGUAUCAAGACGGCGAUUCCGCCGCCUAUGGACAUACCGCUCAAAGGCAGAGGGGCGGGGGAGAAGGCUUGGGGCAUGGCGCAGGGAAUUGUAUGGUUGGGAUAUGGGAACUUGAUGGGGAAGAUCAGAGGAUUAAGGGGGGUGCUUGGAGUUUAA